AUGGAGUUGGCCCUCACCGUCUCCCCGGACGAGCGGCAGCACGUGGAGUACCUGGCCGACCUCUACGCCGUCAUCGUCGCCAUUGAGAAGGUGGAGAAGGCGAUGCUGCGCGACCUCAUCACGCAGGAGCAGUACGAGGCGACCAUUCGCCGCCUGCUGGAGAAGUACAAGUCGAGUGUGUCGUACCUGGAGCAGGGCCGUAACCCGUAUUACACCACCAUUGAUUCCUUCUGGGAAAACUACGGCUCCAAGUGCCCUGCAGCGCGGACCCGCAUUCAGUUUGGCCUCACCGACAAGAACCAGCAGCAAGAGGACGGGCACACGAGCUCCACCCUGGUGCUGGAGUGUGUUCAGUCCUUCAUCACGCUUAUGGACUCGCUCAAGCUGCAGCAGACCGCGGUGGACCAGCUGUACACGCUGCUUGCGGACCUCAUUCAGGGACUACGGCGUUUAGGGACAUCCGAACAAGAAUUUUUCCGUCGCCUCAUGGUUUGGAAAGAGAAGCUCGACACAAUGAAGGCCUCCGAUGAGUUAAACGAGAGGGGCGCACGCGAGUUUGCAUUUGCGCUGGAGAGUGCAUAUCAGUCCUUUUACGCCUAUCUCCGUGACCCCAGUAAGACGAACUCAGGCACAUGA